GAAAUGCUACUGUCUCCAACAGGUACCCGCUAUGACGUCACUGGUCUGCGUUGGGCCUUAUUACACUGGACAUGGGUCAACUCCAUCACAAUUCCACUAAGACACACCAGAGCACACCAAACUUCUCUACGGGUUCUAAGUUUUUACGACAAAGAGAUAUGAAGCGUCUAGCUGAGCUCUGCCUCUAUGUCGGGCUGUUGGUGCAGGUUGCCUACCCUGUACAAUCACAUGGCGCUAACAAGGAGCUUCUCCAGAGAUUGCUCCGUGUCCUUACAGAGAAGACGAACGAGGAAGCACUGAGAAGCGUCAUGCUGUCAUCUGGGCAAAGUGAAGGUCAUGCCAAACUCGAUGUUCGAGGUGACGAUCAUGAUGACGGCGAGGCUCUUCCUCGUUUACUUGAAACAUUAGAGCGAAUCUGUAAUAGGGCCAAUUUCGACGGUCUCCCUUUGCCCUUAAAGGACUCACUUGAGCAAAUUUGUUCCGUUUUCAAUGAUGACAGUAGUGAAGAGGAUGAUGAAGAGGACCCUGAACCAACUACAAAUCCGGGACCAACGGAAGACCCAGACGAUGGUAUGGAAAAAAGACGAAAACCGAAUCAAAAAAAGCUUAAGAAACAAGUAAAAAACGCUAUGAAAUCGCUGAAGAAGGCUUGUAAGACUGCCAGAAAAUCUGACGCUGGACAGGGGCAGGCACGUGACAUCAUAGAACAGAUAUGUAAUGCGUUAUAUAAUGAUAAUGCUGUCAAAUCCGACAUCACUACGGAUGAUAUAGAUACACGUGGUAAGGAAGCAGUAUUUGAGAAAGCUUUAUCUGCCCUUGAAAAACUGUGCGCAAACGAUGACGUAUUUAACCUUAAGAUGAAGGUCGAUAAGAAGCCAGUGGGAGAUGUCUUUGACGUAUUAUGCACCAUAAUCGACAAUGAAAAUGAAGAAGUUGGUCCGACUCCAACUGGAGGACCAGAACCAACUGAAAACCCCAAACCAACCGGGGGACCUAAACCAACUGGACGACCAAAACCAACCGGCGUCCCAGAGGAACAAAUAAAACGUGCUUUUAACAUGUUGAAGAAAGCUUGUAAGACCAUUGAGAAAAAUAACAAUGGACAAGGUCCUGCGCGUGUUGUAAUAGAGGAAAUUUGCAAGGCAUUAAAAAGCGGCAAUAAUGACGUCAAAUCUACACAAGAAAAGCGCAAACCAGGUGACAAGGCGGGUAGUUUGUUUCAAGACACGCUAGCAGCACUUACUGAUAUAUGUGACAACAUGUUCAUCCAGACAAAGCGGAAUAAGAUGUGGGGCAAAUCAUAUGAUGAUAUAUUGGACAUAGUCUGUGGUAUUAUUGAGGGUGAUGGCCUCAAACCAACUGGAGGACCAAAACCAACUGGAGGACCAAAGCCUACUGGAGGACCUAAUAGUGGAAUGGAGAAAAGACGCAGACCAAAGCCGACGAUGGACCUGAAACAGCAAGUAAAACGUGCAUUAGGUAUGCUUAAGAAGGCGUGCAAGGCUGUUGAGAAAUCGAGCAAUGGACAGGGACCAGCGCGUGUAGUUGUAGAGGAAAUCUGUACUGCAUUAGACGACGGGGACAGCGGGGAAGACGACGAUGACACCGAAAGACGUAGAGGUCCCGGCGGGAGGAGGCGAUUAUUUGAAGACACACUAGCAGCCCUCAAAGAGGUAUGUGGAAACGACGCCAUCGACACUAUUACUGAGAUCGAUGGAAGGCCAGUCGCCGACAUCUUAGACGUAGUCUGCGAGAUAUUAAAUGACGCACCGAGGCCAACUGGAGGGCCCAGACCAACGGGGGGACCAAGACCAACUGGGGGACCAAGACCAACUGGAGGGCCCAGACCAACCGGGGGACCAACAGAUAAAAAAGUGAAAUUUUAUAUGAAAGUUUUGAAGAAAAUUAAUAGGGCAUGUUCUGAUGGGGUCACAGCAGAAAAUUCUGACAUUGCCGAUCUAUUACAGUCAAUCUGUGAUGUCCUUGCCUGAUCCACUUGGCCGCAAUGAUGUCUUGACAAUACAUAAUGUAAUUAAAACAUAAUAUUGUAACUUGGCAUUGUGUACAAGUCAACUUAAUAUACAUAAUCAAGGCAAUAUAUAAUUUCAAAAAACGGAUUGCCCUAUCUACCGCUUAAUGAUGAAAUCGACAUUGUUGGUGACAGGCGACUUAUCAUACACAUUUGUGUUGAAUAUGUUGUCCAACGAAAUCGAUAACUAAUAGCAUUUCUCAUUUUUAUAUAAAUCUGUUAAGAUUCGGAGACAUUCUCUAGAAAUAAAAAAAAAUUACAUGUGAA